AUGACGGAAAGCAAUCUGGAAGGGGUUCAGGCGACGUCCCUUAAUGCUCGCUCUGAUAUCUUCGGUACUGGACUGAAUGACGAUACAAUUAUACGCGACGAAGGUCGACCUCUCCCUGUUAAUAUAGGUCAACGGAUAUCUGGUGCAACGCCCCGGCCCAACUCGACAGGAGAGACAAGCGUCGAUGGUCUGCACGCCACCCCCGAUGGACUUUUGAGAGAAGACUUAGUAUCGUUGCAUAAUGCAGCAGAAUUCGCUCGACCGCCAUUUUUGCAGAUUGCUGCAGAUGCGGCCCUCAAGAUUCUGGAUCUCCUCACCUCUCACUCUGUUCCGCGCUUCCUUCUGUCUCAAUGGUCAACGGGAGUCGUCAGCAAUGUGGCCACUCUGGCCGUUCAGAGUAUCGUUAUUGUGUGGACUUCCUACCAGAACGCGCCCGAUCCUGGUAUCUGGGAAGAGGUGACAUCUGAAUUUGUCGAGCAAGUUGCUGUGAUCCUUCACCGCAUUCUUGGGCAUAUGCGACAUCAGGCGGAGAGCGGCUUGCUAUCUUCACUACCCCUUGGGAAUGCUCGCCGGCUCGUGAUGGAAGACCGUCGUCGAGAGCUGCUGUCCACGUUGGCCGAGAUUGCGUUGUGUCAUUUGAAUCUUCAAGAAAUUUCGUCGAGGCCAUUGGAUAAACAAGCGAAGGCCAUCGCUCAGUUGAAGGAUCGAAGGAAAUCCUCCGGUGUACUAUACGACGAAGAAGACGACGUUGCCUUGUCUGCACAAGAGGCGACUACAGACGUCAACGAGGUAGAUUCCAAGUACACAGCAACGUCUCGAGGUCCCGACAAAGCGAGGACGAAACGCGGCAAGGCUGGGCCAUCCUACAGCAUCCUUAAGGGUAUUACAAGCUGCCCGGAAUUCUCAAGUAGUGUCAAUGGUGUCUUCACUCCAUCUACGUCAGCUGCCUCCUACCCUCCUUCUCCUGGAUGGCAUCUGCCGUAUUCCGGUCCUUAUCCAUACAUUCCAGUUCCUGGAGUCUGCUCGCCGUUCGGCGGCUAUUUCCCGUCUUGUGAGUUGCCUGUGCAGUCCAACUCGUCACCGAGUGGGAUGUAUGCGCCUUUCUCGUCCCCUAUACCGAUGUGGAAUCAUGGCACCAGAAGUUUGCCGAGUACGAGCUCCGCACCCCCUACUGACGCGGGUAGCGGUGGUGGAUACAGAGGACGACAUACGUGA